AUGGUGCUUUCUGACAAUUCUUCUGAACCAGCACGUCCAUCCUCACCCUUCUCCUCCUCCUCCAUCACUGCCCCAAGGGCGGCCGCUCAGGCGGCCGUCUCGCACAUCAAGAACCGCGACACAACAACAGACACCACCUCCACCUUUCCCGACUCCAGCGAUGAGGACCAGGACUACACCUGCCCUCACUGCGACCGCACCUUCACCUCACACAUCGGCCUGGUCGGUCACUUGCGAAUCCGUCGCACAGAGACUGGCGAGCCAGUGCCUGGAGCACCAACCUUCACCCACCGCACUCGCCUCCACUGCCCACAUUGCCCUCGCACCAUCACGCAUCGCAUGGGCCUAUUUGGCCACAUGCGCAUCCACGAGAGCCGCAUUGACCGCACUCCCGACACGCCCACGACAUCCAACACAUCCACCACGCCCAGCCCCACCCUCGCUCCAUCCGUCUGCUCCACCACCACCACCGACACCGCCGCCACCACCACCAGCACUGACUUUUUUGUAGCUGACACUAACACCGCCGACUUCUCAUGCCCACACUGUCCACGCACAUUCACCUCACGCAUCGGCCUGCUCGGUCACUUGCGAAUCCAUCGCACAGAGACUGACGGACCUGUGCCUGGAGCACCAAACUAUACCCACCAAGCUCGACUCAACUGCCCACACUGUCCUCGCACUUUCAGACACCGCAUGGGUCUAUUCGGCCACAUGCGCAUCCACGACGACCUGCGGUAG